AUGGGCGAAAUUGUACAACUUGAGAAGGGGUGCAUGGUCGAGAGUUGGAAAAUUGAGGGGAAACUUGGAGAAGGUGCUUUUGGUGCUGUAUACGUUUGCUCCAAGGAUGGAAAAAAAUAUGCUCUUAAGGUGGAAAGUGUUCAUGAGAAGGUUGGAUUUUUAAAAAUGGAACUAACAGUACUGAAUACUUUGAAAGAACAAGAUCGAUUGAGGCAUUUUUGCACCAUUGAAGAUAAAGGACGACAUAAUGAUUUCUUUUAUAUUGUAAUGACUAUGGUUGGCAAAUCCUUGCAGGAACUUCGGCUUGAGACGCAAAGUAAGAAAUUCUCCCUCGGCACAGCCAUUAGCGUCGGUAUCAAAUGCCUGGAAGCACUGGAGGAUUUGCAUAACAUUGGUUAUCUGCAUCGGGAUGUCAAGCCAGGCAAUUUUGCCAUCGGAAGACCGGAAGCGAAUGAACUACGCAAUGUGUAUGUUCUCGAUUUCGGUAUGGCUCGGUUGUAUAUCCAUGCAGAUGGCACAAUGCGUAAUCCUCGUGCAUUGACUGGAUUCCGUGGCACUGUAAAAUAUGCUCCUUUAUCGGCUCAUAUUUUACGUGAAUUAUGUCGCAAAGAUGACGUGGAAUCCUGGCUAUACAUGGUUGUGGAACUAACGAAUGGAAAACUUCCAUGGAGGAACAUGACGGAAAUCAACGCCAUCGGUAUAUCGAAAAAACAAUGCAGAAGAGACAAAGGAGUAAAAAAACUAUUUGGUGGCUGUCCGAGGAAAUAUAUAGAAAUAUUACAAAUUUGCGACAAGACCAAGUUUUUUGAAAUGCCGGACUAUAACAGAAUCUAUACACUGAUGCGGAACGCCAUUCAUGAUACCAGAAGCCAAGAAUAUCCCUAUGACUGGGAGAAAGGAAACCUGAGCUCAGCAAAUGACGAGCAACGCGCAGGUGUUGUGAGUCAGUACAGAAGUAGCUUGCCAGGUCGUUCUGCUGGAGGUUCAACACGGGAAAAAGCAAAGCACGAAAGGCGUUCCAGUGCUGAACCAAAAGCUAAAUGA